AUGGGCGUCAAAAGGACUGCGGAUGCUGCCAGUGCAGCAACCGAACCAGACAAGAAGAAAAGGAAGGGCUUCUCAGUUGGACCAGCCAAUCUUCCGGAUGGCACAUAUCGUCGAAAGACGCAAAAAAUCAAGCGCGACCUGAUCCAGAAAGCUAAGGUCAAGAAAGCCUAUGCAAAAAUCAAGGCACAAGAAGAAGUCCAGAAUCAGAACAAUUCCGCCUUGAAAGAGGCCAGCAAUAGCAUCGACAAUGCCCCGGUAGACCAUCCUCCCGCGAGCCUGGAACUACAUCCUGAGCGGCUAGCUAUGCUCGAGGCAGCCGAGGGUACACAGGAUGCGGAGAGUCAACGGAGAGAGGAUCGUUCGCCGCGAAGACCAAGAGACCCCAAUCGUCAGAAUCGGCAGCGCAAACCCAAACAAUCAGGCUACAAGAAAGAGCUGGAACUGGCUGCCCAGCAUAAGUUGCAACUUGAAGCGAAACGCAAAGCCCAAGAGGCCCGAAUACAAGAGCGAAGGGCCAUGGCGAAGGCCAAACGACCAGGAAAAGACGGAAAGCAAAAGCUGGGAAGACAAGGUACUGUCCUACUGAAUCGGGUACGACGAAUGACCGAGGAGGGCAAGAUAUGA